UCAAUAAAAUCCUUCCGCCACCAUCGCGCUUCGCUUCGUUGUGUUUGAAUGUGGUGUCUUCGCGUGUUAGCUGUUAAAUUAACGGGAAGAAAAACCUUAAUAAACAUAAGCAAACCGGCGAGUCUCCUACGACCGUCAAACUUUCAGGCCAACUGCUUUUGUUCGCGCUCUGUGGACGAUAUUUGCUUCAGACCACGACACAUGUCAAGUGAAGCAAAGAGACUCCGCUCAGAAAAAAUGACAGGUAAAAAGAUCGGGACUCAUAACGGCAGCUUUCACUGUGACGAAGUGCUUGCCUGUUUCUUCCUCCGUCAGUUACCUGAGUACAAGGAUGCUGAAAUUGUUCGGACCAGGGAUCCAGUGCAGCUUGCAGAGUGUGAUGUCGUUGUAGAUGUGGGAGGAGAGUUUGACCCAAAGAAGCACCGCUAUGACCAUCAUCAGAGGACAUUUUCAGAGACUUUCCACAGCUUGUGUCCAGAAAAAACGUGGGUUACCAAACUCAGUUCAGCUGGCCUGGUCUACCUGCACUUUGGUCAUCAGCUAUUAUCUCAGCUAACACAGCUGAAGGAGGGGGACAGGCAGCUGGAGGUGUUGUAUGACAAGCUUUACGAGAACUUUGUGGAGGAAGUUGAUGCUAUUGACAAUGGAAUUUCACAGUAUGAUGGGGAGGCCCGCUACGCUAUAUCCAGCACGCUGAGUGCACGUGUUGGCCACCUAAACCCUCGCUGGAACAGCAAGAGUCAGGACACUGAGGAGGGAUUCAAGAAGGCAAUAAAAAUGGUGGGCGAGGAGUUCUUGGACCGUCUGGAUUUUUACCAGUCCUCCUGGUUGCCUGCUCGUGUGGUGGUGGAGGAAGCUAUUGAGCAGAGGCAUCAGGUAGAUCCCAGUGGGGAGAUUGUUUUGUUCGCCAAGGGUGGGUGUCCCUGGAAGGAGCACCUCUUUGCCCUGGAGAAUGAGCUUCAAGUGGAUAUGCCCAUCAAGUUUGUCCUUUACCCAGACCAGAAUGGACAGUGGAGGGUCCAGUGUGUCCCUGCUGGACUCAACACCUUUCAGAACAGGCUGUCCCUGCUAGAGGAGUGGCGUGGCGUUCGUGAUGAUGCACUGUCAAAGCUCAGUGGGAUCGAGGGCUGCAUUUUUGUUCAUGCUGGAGGAUUUAUUGGAGGGAACAAGACCCAGGAAGGAGCCCUGGAGAUGGCACGGAGAACCCUGCAGGCUGCUGCACAGUCCCCUACAAAUGGAAGCACCUGACCAGUCAUAGAGUACAGCCAACAGCACAUUUUGUUCUCAGGGGUCAGUCUUUAGAGAGAAUAGUGAGGAUUAAAAUGUUAUUUUGCCAGGUUGUCGCUUGUUUGUCACAGCCAGGGAUAAUGUUGUUUGGUUCUGUCUUGCUAGAAUUGGGAUGGUAUGGAAAUGGAAGCCAAAUAACCUUGGACCAGUUCCAUAAUUUCCUGUAUUUCAAAACAAUGUCAUGUUGUUCCCCUGCCCACCUGUACUUUUGUUUUGGCGCUCAUUUUCAAUAAAGGACAAUUUGGAUUAUA